AAUGUGGAAAAUAUAUCCUUAAUUUAUGUUAAAUUAAUUUGUGCAAUUUGUUAAGCCCAACAAGCCCAACCGGAUCAAAGUUAUUUCACCAUUGCUGUCUACGGCACCGAAUCCCCAACUCGCAUUUGAAGUAGUGAAGAAACGAUUCAAAAACCAGAGAAGAGAAGAGAAGCCAUGAGAAGACGAGUCAGAGAGCUUCUGAGCUUCUCGUAUUUUCUGCACUCUCCAGGGAAGCGUAACCCACUCUCAAAACCAGCACCACCACCAUCACACAAUGCUAGUUUUCAAGGCUCCACCAGUACUUUCUCAACAUCUUCCAAGUCCCAAAGGGAUUCACUGCUUUUGGAACAGUUCAAGCAAAGGAAACUCAAAGGGUCCUCCUCAAAAGACCUAAAGGUGGAUACUGCUGUUACUGCUGGUGAGAAGAAGGUGGUCCAAAAGGGUUUGCAGAAUGAGAGUGAACCCACAAUGGUGGUUGCAAAUUUUAAGGAGUUGGGUGUGAGUGAGGAGCUUGUUGAGGUCAUGGAUGGGAUUGGUGAAUUUGUUCCUAGUGAGAUACAGUGUGUGGUUAUUCCAGCUAUUUUGGAAGGAAAAAGUGUGCUCUUGAGUUCACCCUCUGAUCAUGACAGGACUUUGGCCUACUUGUUGCCCCUUAUUCAGCUGCUAAGACGGGAUAGAGAGUUGCUUAGUUCAAAUUCAAAGCAUCCUCGAGCCAUUGUGCUUUGUGCUUCGGAGGAGAAAGCUGCACAGUGCUAUAAUGCUGCACAAUACAUCAUCCAUGAUGCAGAAUUGAAGUCUGCAAAGAACUGUGCUUCAGCGACCAGCGAGCAAUCAAAUUCCUCAAUCGGACUCAUGAUUGGAACUCCUUGUGAGGUUCUUCAAUACAUUCAAGAGGGGAAUGUUGUUCCUGCUGAAUUAAGAUACUUGGUAUUGGAUGGCAUGGAUUGCUUGCUUAAUAGUGGCCAUAGUCCUGAAAUCCAUAAAAUUCUCAAACCAUUACAAGAUCAUGGAUCAACAUCUACUGUCAAAAGAUUGCAAACUAUUUUGGCAAUUUCAACCAUUGCUGAGGUUUUGGGUGAAGAAUCCCCCCUUGUAAAGCGUCUAGAGCGUGAUCAUGCAGGAAAUAUUUCAGCGAUGUCUUUAGAAAUGGAGCCAACAGAAGUCUUUGAUUUCUCUGAGUCUUUGGAAGCUCUUAGAAAAAAAGUGGCGGAGGCCAUGAAUUCCCUUUUGAAAUAACAGUGCAUCUUUUUCUAAUGGUGCCUAAAAUAUGGCUAAAGAAAGUCAAAAUAGGUUUUAAGAUCUUUCUGAUAGCAAGAGAAAUGAGUUGAUUGUUUUUGUAAAUAUUUUAUAUGUGUUCUUUUAAUUACAAUAUUUUCUUUUGUUUGUGACUGGUGUAUCGGGAAACUGUGGCAGUCAAUUCAAACAGAAGACCUUUUCAGGGGUUAAACUUGUGUCAUCAUCCUUAUGAAUAA